AUGGCGGAUCUUGGGGUGCCAGAGUCGGAAGUGCUGUCUUCAUUCUUGGAAGUCUUCAAGACCCAAUUUGCAGAGCUGCGGGUUCAAUUGGUGCAGGAGGUAUGCCAUGCGGUGCGUGCGACUGCGGAGGGUGGCAGCAAAGGCUCCCGCCGCAACAGCGGCGAAAGGAGCUUAGACCCUAGCGAGUUCAGCGCAGGCGAGCGCGGUGAACGCGAGGGUUUGCUCCUGAGACCGCACAAGCCCUUCGCAUCGCACAAGAUCCUGGCAGAGCUAGAGGAGGAGGAGGAGAUCAAGCCUGUGCGCCGUGACGACAGGGUCCACCCGGUGCAGGUUCAGGUUCCUCAGCCGAUGGAGAAGUUGAAGUCGAUGCGGUCGGAGACCUCCAGCACCUCCAGCGAGCCAGUGGCGCCACCAAUCGAGCCUGCUCCCACUCUCGCCGAAACGGGGCAUGAGCUGGGGAGCAGCACCACGCAGUAUGGUAGCAAUGAUGUGUACAGCCCAGCUAUCUCGGCAAGAACAAGCCGAAAAGGGCACGGCACAAUGACGGAGAAGGCCUUUGGCCUCACCCGUGCCGGCUCGAUGACCUCGGUGGACUUAGAUCGCUACUUCUGGCUGCGGCAGAGGCUCUUGCGGAUGGUACAAAAUGUAUGGUUUGAAACCAUCUCCAUGAUAGUGCUUUGUGCGAAUGCAGUGGUCAUUGGUGUUCAAACGGACUACAUGGCCACAAAUAACCUGGCUUCAGUGCCGUGGACCUUGCGAUGUUUUGAUAUAGGGUUUUGCCUCUUUUUCACCCUAGAGCUCCUGUUGCGGAUUUCUGCUCAUGGGAAGCGCUUCUUUACCAUGAACGGCUGCGCCUGGAACAUCAUGGACCUCCUUCUGGUGAGCGCCCACGUCACCGAAGAGGUUCUUCUGAUGGUGGCAGAUGUGGAGAUGCAGGCAUCUGCAGGCACUGCAGGGAGGUUGUCAUCGAACACAAACCCAGACAUCAUGCGUGUGAUCCGAAUCCUCCGUGCCAUCAAGGUGGUCCGCUUAGUGGGAGCUGUUCGCUUCACACAGGAUCUGCAGCUGCUGAUCAACUGCUUGUUUCGCUCUUUGAAACAGUUUUUAUGGUCUGCCCUCCUGCUCCUUUUGGCCAUAUACGUGGUGGCCAUCUACAUUUGCCAGGCUGCUACAACCUAUCGCUUGGAGCAGAACGAUGAUGGGGCGCAGAUACCUUGUUCCGUUGAUGUUGCCUCGCAGAAAGCGCUGAUGCUGAAGUGGUGGGGCUCCAUGCCGCAGAGUGUCCUAUCGCUCUUCCAGGGGGUGACCGGUGGUGUCGACUGGCAUGCGAUCGCUGACCCGCUGAUCGAUGGGAUCAGCCCCUGGUUUGGACUCCUGUUCAUUGUCUUCAUGGCCUUUUGUAUUCUAGCGUUGCUCAAUGUGAUCACUGGAACCUUUGUGGAGACCAUGAGUCAACAGGCCAAGGAGCUCCAGCUGAGAAAUCGAAUCUAUCAGGCCCGGCGGCUCUUCCGAGAGAUCGACAUUGAUGGGUCUGGCUUUAUCAGCCCCGACGAGAUCUUGGGUCAGACUUCCACCCCAGCGGUGCAAGAGUUCUUUGAGACCAUCGAUGUAGACCCCUCUGAUGCCAAGGGCCUCUUGGAGGUCAUAGACAUCGAUGGCAACGGCAAGAUCAACUUCGAAGAGUUCCUGGAAGACGACGCAGCUGCGCGAGCUGGCGGAAAUCAAGGCAGCCCUGGUUUAGCUUUCAAGCUCUUCGCACUGAAGCACUGCCCUCGGAUGGCGGCUGAGUGGCAAAACCUGUCGGCGCUGAUCAGGUGUCAGUUCGCGGAGCUGCGCCUGCAGCUGGUGAGCGAGGUCUCACAGGAGCUCCGGGAUGUUGUAGACACCGCGCUGAAGAAAGCUGGGUCGACCGAGCAGCGGUGGUCCUUCGCUGAUGCAGAUAACUCAGGUGGGCAGGUCAACUCCCAGGACUGCCAUGACUGGCUGAAGCGGCAUCGGCGCUCCUUUCUCUCAUCCAAAAUCCUGGCCAUGCUCGAGGACCAAGAGCGGACGCAUGGGAUGAUGGUCAACCUGCCCAGUGUGGAUCGUGUGCAUCCCACGCAUGAGCCGGCUCCUCCAGAUGGACCAGCUACCGCCUUGCGCCUGGCCGCUGUGGAAGAAUCCAUGAACCUCAAGAACUCUGACUCGCAGACACCGGCUGACAGCAUUUCUCGGCAGGCGCGGUCCUAUCACUCCACUCAGCCCAAGCGGCCAACGAGAGCCUCUGUCAUGGAAUGGGCCUUUGGUCUCAAACGACAGGGCAGCGCCCGCUUCGAGGGCAUCUCCUCCUGCCGGACGAGGGUGCUGCGCCUGGUGACGCACACCGUCUUCGAAACUGCUUCGAAGCUUGGUGUCUGUGGGAGGGGGCCAAGAGGUGAGUAUUCUUUAAACAUGCUCACGAGUUGGAAUAGGACAAACAGGAAGUACUGGUCGUGUGUUGGGAUGAGCUCACAUCCUUGCUCAAGACCGCAACAGAUGAUCCCCAGAUCUGUCCGACAGAGCGGACAGAGGAUGUUGAUGCUCCUGGCAAAUGCCAUUGCCAUUGGGGUGCAGACCGACUACAUGGCCGUCAACCAGGUCCCCUCAGUGCCGCAGGCCCUGCGUACCAUGGACAUGAUCUUCUGCAUCUUCUUCAGUCUGGAGCUCACAUUGAGGCUGGUGGCCUUCGGGAAGAAGUUCUUUGUAAUGACCGGCUGCGCUUGGAACAUACUGGAUAUCAUCCUGGUGAUCGCACAGGUCACGGAGGAGCUCCUGUUGGCCAUUGCCGGAGGAAUGCAGUCCAAUGCUGACGUGAUGCGGGCCGUGCGGAUCAUGCGUGUCAUCAAGGUCUUGCGCUUGGUCGGCAUGCUAAGAAUGGCCGAGGAUUUGCAGCUGUUGAUCAACUGCCUCCUCCUGUCUCUGAAGCAGUUCGUGUGGUCGGCCUUGCUACUGAUGAUGGCCAUCUACGUCAUGGCGGUCUAUGUGACGCAGGCAGCCACCACCUACCGCCUGGAGAGCAGCGAGGGCAUCUACGCCAAGGACAUCGCCAAGUGGUGGGGCUCGUUGCCGUUGAGCGUGCUCUCCUUAUUCCAGGGCAUCGCAGGUGGGGUCGAUUGGCAUCAGAUUUCGGAGCCUUUGAUGAAUGGUAUCUCACCCUGGUUCGGCCUUCUCUUCGUGAUCUUCAUGGCCUUUUGCAUUUUGGCCCUGCUGAAUGUGAUCACAGGCACCUUUGUGGAGACCAUGAGUCAGCAGGCCAAGGAUUUGCACCUGCGCGGGCGCAUUGUCCAGGCGCGACGGCUCUUCAAGGAGAUCGACACGGAUGCCUCGGGUUACAUCAGCCCGGAUGAGAUCCUGGAGCACACGACCAACGCGGCCGUGCAAGAGUUCUUCGAAACCAUCGACGUGCAUCCAGAUGAGGCCAAGAACCUCCUGGAGGUGAUCGACUUGGAUGGGAACGGCAAGAUCAACUUCGAGGAGUUCCUAGAAGGAUCACUGCGGCUCAACGGCGCAGCCAAGUCCUCCGACUUGAUCCUCCUGGCUCGUGAGUUGAAGCGCUUUCACCUGGGCCAUGCAAAGGAGAUGUCCGAGCUGGCGCGGCUCGUCCGCGAAAACCUCCGGACGUGGGAGCACAUGGCCGCGGCGGGCGCUUCUAAUGUCCCGUUGAGCACAACCUUCUCGGAGGUUUGUUAAACAGCUUCGGUGGGAGCACACCGUGGGCGUGGAUAGCCAUGACACGGAGGCUGCAAAGGAUUUUUUUGCUCGAGGUGCAGGCAUCAUACCUCACCAACGGUCGCUCGCGACUCGCAGUCCCUUUUUCCAGCCGGGUCUCCUUUGGUAGAAGCAGUGCCAGCACUUGAUGGAGACUUCUCUAGGUGGCCCUGCGGACGAUUCCUGGGGGCCUUGCGACCUAGGUCGGAGCAGUAUGGUCUUUGGUCUUAGCC